GGGUGACGCAAUGGGUGACGCGCGGCGGCGGGCGAUGACGCGAGCGGGCGAUGGGGCAGGCGCUGUGCGUCUGCUCCCGCGGCACCGUCAGCCUGGGGGGCGCGCGGUACCUGCUGCUCCACCGGCUGGCAGAGGGGGGCUUCAGCUAUGUGGACCUGGUGGAGGGGCUGCGGGACGGGCGCUUCUAUGCCCUGAAGCGUAUCCUGUGCCACGACAAGGAGGACCGUCAGGCUGCCCUGCACGAGGUAGAGAUGCAUGGCCUCUUCGACCACCCCAACAUCCUGCGCCUGGUGGCCCACUGCAUGGUGGAGAAGGGUGCCAAGCAUGAAGCCUGGCUCCUCCUGCCCUAUGUGAAGGGGGGGACCCUGUGGAGCGAGGUGGAAGCACUACGAGAGAAAGGGACUUUCAUGCCAGAGCAGCGGAUCCUCCUCAUCCUCCAUGGCAUCUGCCGUGGGCUGCAAGCCAUCCACAGCAAGGGCUAUGCACACAGGGACCUCAAGCCCACGAACGUGCUACUGGAUGAGCAUGACCAGCCUGUACUGAUGGACCUGGGCUCCAUGAACCGAGCUCGCAUCGAAGUCAACAGCUCUCGGGAGGCCAUGGCCGUGCAGGACUGGGCUGCCCAGCGCUGCACCAUCUCCUACCGUGCCCCUGAGCUCUUCAUGGUGCCGAGCCAGUGCAUCAUAGAUGAACGCACAGAUAUCUGGUCCUUAGGCUGUGUGCUGUACUGCAUGAUGUUUGGGGAAGGCCCCUAUGAUGCCAUCUUCCAGAAAGGCGACAGCGUGGCUCUGGCAGUGCAGAACCCCAUCACCAUGCCCCCCACAAGCAGGUACUCGCCUGGCUUGCAGCGCCUGCUCUCCUCCAUGAUGACUGUGAACCCCCAGGAGCGACCAAGUAUAAAUGAUGUCCUCCACCAGCUGGAGGGGCUGCAGCCAGCGCCGGCGGGACAGGACACCACACAGAUCUGAGCCUGUCCCACCCCACAGCAGCGAUAUGGCUGAGCCAGGGGAAAAAGCAGCUGUGCUCGUCCCUGCUCCCCCGGGGAGCUGUUGCAGAGGGCAUUGCUGCACAUGAGGGAGAGCUGCUGUUCCAUGCCGGAGGUGUGUUGGAUUUGGAGUGUUCUGUGCCCUGGAUGCUGCUGCCUGAGGCUUGGUCUGUGCCCCAGGACUGCAGAUGUGUGACCUGCUGCUAAACACGGGGCCCUCACUGGCUGCUGCCACCCCCAGGAGCAGCAGAUGAGGAUGCUGUGAGACCUCUCCUGGGUGCUGCUGCUGCAUCCCCACAGCUCUGCACCCCAGGAGGGUUGCUCCUGCCUGGGGUAGAGCUGUGGUCUGGGUCCCAGUGCUGUGCUGGAGCAAGGCAGGGGGGAGCCAGCGCCUGCUCCACCACAGCUCUCAGCGCCAACGUUGCCUUGCGUUUGGAGUAAAAGAUGUUCUUGCA